GUCGCUAGACCCCGACACCUGGCGGACGAUCCUUCGAUGGAUCGUCUGGAGGCGCUUUGGUCGCGCCCGAAAUGGAGGCAGCGCCGCUUCCAGCUGAAGCCGUCGGUUGGCGAGCAUCCUUGCUUUGCAGGCUUCACGUCCAUGAUCCACGACUCCGGUCGAUGCGGGGGAUGGCAGCGAACUUAUCCGGAGGUGGGACAGAAGAGGGCCUACCUGAAUGUAGGCAUGGGCAGGCGCAGCGAGUUCACGCUGGAGGAUCUGGUGGCCGGGCACAUCAAUGUAUGGGCGGAGGAGGGAUCCACUGAUCUUCAGCGCGAUGUCGCAGUGAAGGCAGCCGAAAUCUAUGCCAAUGUCCACAAUGUGGACGAGCUGAAGCCCGCAGCUGGGAGCGCCAGCUGGAUGGAGCACGAAUGCAAGGUGAUGGGAGAGAUGCCGUUCAUGUACACCUGCUCCGAUCGAAUCAACGUCCUGCUGCAGCGCUGUGGCUUCGACAAUGCAUUCGUGAUGGCCCAUGACUUCUUGGUCAACUUUCCUGGGCCGGUCAACAACAAGUCCAGUACCAACGCAGACAUUAUCUUCUAUCUGUGCCAAGAGCUCGUGGAUGUGAAUCCGAACCCUUACCACGUCGCGAACACCUUCGCCCAUGAGCUAGCUCAUGUGAUUCAGGGAGGUUUCGGAACCAGCACCACGGUGAUGAUGGAGGGCGGUGCUACCUGGCUGGAGGGCAGCCUGCUCAACCUGGCGCCCCGGCCCAUGGUCUACGCCUGGGGAUUCCGUGACUGGAAUCGCAUCAAUGCCGCGCACAUCUACGCUCAGACAAAGAGGAAGAACGCUCGCAAGUUUUAUCAAAUCCACGCCAUGCUGCUCACCUAUCUUUCGCAGGCCGAGCUUCUGGGCGACUUCGGUGCGAGUGCGCUGCAGAACUAUCAGGUUUUCAGCUCGGAGCUGCUACCUUUUGGGAGGAACACCUACGAUUACUACUUCCAUUACGUGGGCCAGUCCCAGCCGCAGUCGCUGGAGACGCUCCACAUGGAUGUUUCCACGGUGCAGAACCCCUUUAGUGAGGUUAUGCUGAACUUCCGCGUGGCCAUCGCGGCGCAGUGCAUCGUCGAG